AUGAGUGAAGCCGGCACUCACGAUGUCCCUACCCCAGUUGCAGUGGUGGGAAUGGCAAUGAGGUUACCCGGGGAUGUUUGCACCGCAGAGUCAUUCUGGGACUUCAUCAUGAAUAAACGCGACGCUCGUGGUGAGGUGCCUCGGACUCGAUAUGACAUCAAUGGUUAUUAUGAUCCAGCGCGGCCUCACGCCAGCAAAACUCGAUAUGGAUACUUCCUCAACGAAGACCCGGCGCUUUUUGAUGCUCACUUUUUUUCAAUAACCCAUCAAGAGGCGUCCCGAAUGGACCCUCAACAGAGGUUGUUGUUGGAAGUAGUAUGGGAAUGUUUGGAAAAUGCUGGAGAGACCGACUGGGAAGGCAAGGAAAUCGGUUGCUUUGUCGGUACCUUCGGUGAGGACUGGCUCGGCCUGGCCUACAAGGACCACCAACAUAGCAGUCGCUACCAAGUUCUUGGGACCGGGGAUUUUGCUUUGUCGAACAGUACCUCCAAUCAGUUCGACUUCAGGGGCCCAAGGCAAGCUCUCUAUCCACAUAUGUUGUAUGAUUGUCCUAAUGUCUCGCACAGCAUGACCAUUCAAACAGCCUGUUCUUCCUCGCUAGUCGCGAUUCACGAAGCCAGUCAGGCGCUUUAUACUGGAUCUUGCAGUGCCGCCAUUGUCGCCGGAACUAGUCUGAUCCUUUCCCCUACUAUGACAACCAAUAUGUCUGAUAGCAUGGUUCUAUCGCCCAAUGGGUCCUGCCGGACAUUCGAUGCCAAUGCCGAUGGUUUUGCCAGGGGCGAAGGUAUCAACGCGCUCUACCUCAAAAGACUAGAGGACGCAUUGCGCUGCAAGGACCCUAUUCGAGCUAUUAUCCGCUCCACGUCUGCUAAUAGUGAUGGAAGAUCGGCGAUACUAACCACCCCGUCCGCAGUCUCCCAAGAAUGCCUCAUUCGGAGUACUUAUCGCAGAGCUGGUAUUGUAGACGUCGCGAGCAUCGGGUACUUCGAGUGUCAUGGGACCGGGACUAUGGCAGGAGAUACGGCCGAGCUCUCAGCUCUGUGUCAAGUCUUAGGAGGAAAGGGGGCCAUUAUCGGUGUGCAGGUCAAGCCCAACUUUGGUCAUGCAGAGGGGGCAGCCGGGAUCACCAGCAUGAUAAAAGCAAUUCUAUCGCUAGAACACGGAACAAUUUCGCCGAAUAUGCAUUUUGAGUGUCCGAACCCCCACAUCGAUCUUGAUGCGGAACAUAUUCAAGUUCCUGUCGAAGCAGUUGAGUGGCCUCGUGACCGGCGUCUUCGUGUCAGUGUCAAUGGCUUUGGAGUUGGGGCCGCUAACGCACAUGUCAUCCUGGAAUCAGCAGGCACGCAGCUCAGGCCUGACGCCAGUCCUCUCCUCGACAGCUCACCGCGACUGCUAGUUGUAUCAGCUCAUGACCAAGAGAGUUUGCAGAAGCGCAUUGAGCAGGUGGUGGCCUACGUGUGUGCGCAUCCCAAUCGGUUCACUGAUCUGGCCUUUACACUUGCCCGAAGGCGCAAGCAUUUGGCUCACCGAGGCUUUGCUGUGAUCCAUCCGGACCGUGAGGUAGACAAAUUGGACUUUACUUGUACUCAUUCGAGACCUUCGACCAGCAUUGCCUUUGUUUUAACAGGACAAGGGGCGCAUUGGCUCGGUAUGGGUAGAGAUUUAUUAUAUCGACUUCCUGCCUUUCGACGGGAUAUCCGUGAACUGGACAAAGUGCUUCAGAGUUCUCCCAGUCAGCCACCGGAUUGGUGCCUAGAAGCUUCAGAUCUUUUUAAGGCUUCUGAGCCUCACCAAAUGGGUAGACCGGACAUGAGCCAGCCCCUUUGCACAGCUUUGCAGAUUGGCUUAGUCAAUCUUUUCAAGUCCUGGGACAUAAAACCCACGAUGGUUGUCGGGCACUCCAACGGCGAAAUUGCGGCUGCCUAUGCAGCAGGAGCGAUUUCGGCGUCCUCAGCUAUUCUAUUGGCAUAUCUGCGCGGUCAAGCCAUUCUCUCGGUACCCAAAGACAGCCGGGGGGAUAUGGUUUCCGUGGGACUCGGUCGAAAUGAAGUGAUUCCCUAUCUCGUAGACGGUGUCCAGAUUGCUUGCGAUAACAGCCCGCAAAAUGUGACGCUUGCCGGACCAUGCUCGAAAAUCGAUCGUAUCGCCGGAGCGCUUCGAGAAAGCACCCCGGACACUUUUUGCCGUCGUCUGCGCCUAAAUGUCGCCUAUCACUCUGCUGCUAUGAAAAGUGUUGGGCCUGAAUAUGAGAAUUCUGUGGCAGGCUGCCUUGAGCUUAAUGCCAAAAUGCUUCCCAUGUUCUCCAUUCUUACCACAGAAGCAAUAACAACACCUAGCACACUUGAUGCGGCUUACUGGCGGGCAAAUCUAGAGUCUCCUGUUCAAUUUCUCGGAGCAGUUAGGAAUCUCCUUGAUGCCAGCGAUACCAAUCACAUUUUGAUUGAAGUUGGUCCGCAUGCUGCUCUUUCUGGUCCCUUGAAGCAGAUUUUCCAUGGCCACAAGACCAAGUCCAGUCCAUGUUACAUUCCAACACUCAUUCGGGACGAUCCGAGCUGUGAACAGCGCCUAUUUUCUGUGGUUGGAGGCGUCUUCAGUCGAGGAGGGGCGGUAUCGCUGGGGAAGGUCAUUCCACACGGUCUGGUCCUUUCGGAUCUCGCCCCUUAUCCCUGGCAGCAUCGUGAACGGUAUUGGAGCGAAAGCCGUCUAUCGCGAGAUUGGCGGCUAUGCAGCGAAUACCAUGAACUGCUGGGCUACCCAUGCACUGAAGUCACGGAUGCAACCCCAACUUGGAGAACUGUGCUUCAUCUUGACUCUGUACCUUGGUUAGCCGACCACCUCAUCCAGGGACAAGUAGUCUUCCCCGCUACAGGAUACAUUUCAAUGGCUGGAGAGGCCGUUCGUCAACCAUCUGGCGAGGCAUCGGCGUCAGCUGUUCCCUAUUCACUUCGUGAUGUCAUCUUCCGGGUUCCUUUGAUCAUCGAGGACUCGCCUGACGGGGUGGAAAUAAUCACCCCUUUACGUCCCGAUCGACUCAAUGAUUUCCAGGAUUCAGAAUGGCAUGCUUUUACGAUCAGUUCUCAUGACGGCAAUGCAUGGACUAAGCACUGUACUGGACUGGUCCGUCAUCAUGUCGAAGGAGCUGGUCUCCCAAAGCGUGGGGAACGGUCAGUCACUCCUCUUAUUCGCCAUGUCUCAGCUUCGAGGUGGUACCAAUCGAUGGUAAACCAUGGCAUGGUCUACGGUACCCCUUUUCGUGGGUUGCGACACAUCACGGCUGAUCCGUGCGGAGAUCGAGCGGUAGGAAACGUGUCCAGAGUUGUUCAGCCGGGCGGGAGUCAGUACCAGAUACAUCCCACGGUCAUCGACCAGUGUUUGCAACUCCUAGGAGUUGCAAACACUGCUGGCUUGACACGCAGAUUGGAUAGGGGCUACGUUCCUGCAUCGCUGGGUAGGGUCUUUGUCGAUUAUGCACCUUCGGAUCUCACCGUCGAGGCUUCCAUUACAAGCAAAGCCAGCCAUCUUCGGGGAGAUGUCAUUGCAGUGGAUCACAAGCGAACCAUCCUCUCCAUUGAAGGCGGAGUCUUUGUUGCCCUCGAUGACAGCCAUCAUUUUCAUUCUAACCUCGUGCCACUCAUUGCCUACUUGGAGUGGAGACCUGAUACUAACUUGAAGCCACCAUACAACCUGUUUUGUGCUCUCGAGUUCGUUGAAGUCUAUUUUAAGUCUGUCCGCAGAGAUGACCAGUAUGGUUUCCUAUGUCUCUUAGAGAGGGCGUAUAAAAUUCAAGACAUUAAACCUUGUGAUGAUAACUUGUGGGAACGGAAAGACUGCAUUCGAUCUCAAAUAAAAACUAGGUACAUGUAG